CUAUGGCGAAAAACUCUUUGUUAAAACAAUACAAAUCCCUUCCUCAGUCGCCGGGAUUUCAAAGGAUUAAAUAAAAUUGCGUUGUUGUUAUUACAUUGUCUCCAUUUGGUUCUGUAAUUUUGGAAUAUAUUCAUUUAAAUAUUCACAAUGCUUAAGGGUUUCAAAUAUUCUUAUCGUUUUAUUUGUAAUAAAAAUUGUAUAAGACAUUCUUCUCAGGGAAAUAUAUGGAAGGAAAGAGUUUUUUCUGGUAUCCAGCCUACAGGGACUUUGCACAUAGGGAAUUACUUUGGUGCUGUACAAAACUGGGUUAAAUUGCAGAAUGAGAAAAAGGACGUGAUUUUUAGUAUUGUUGAUCUUCAUUCUAUUACUCUGCCUCAGGAUCCGAAAACUUUACAUUUUUCUAUUCUCAAAAUGACUGCAACAUUGUUAGCUUGCGGAAUCGAGCCUUCGAAAUGUAUACUUUUCCAACAAUCAAAGGUUCCUGAACACACUUUAUUAGGAUGGGUGCUUGGCACUCUUACAACAAUGGCCCGUCUUUACCAUUUUCCACAGUAUAAAGAAAAGUCUGCGGCUUUGAGAGACAUUCCUUUAGGCUUAUUUGUUUAUCCAGUGCUACAGGCUGGAGACAUUCUUCUCUAUAAAUCCACACAUGUUCCUGUAGGAGAUGAUCAACAACAGCAUUUACACUUAGCUCAACAUUUGGUUCAUUGUUUCAACAAUAAAUAUGGAAUCACGUUUCCUUUACCAGAGAAUGUGGUUGUUUCAGAUACUGGAGCACAAGCUGGUAAGAUAAGAAGUUUACGAGAACCAGAAAAGAAGAUGUCUAAGUCCCAUGCGGAUCCUAAAAGUAGGAUAGAGAUAUCCGAUUCUCCUGAUGCGAUACUUACCAAGAUCAAGAAAGCUGUUACAGACUUUACCUCUGAAAUCACUUACGAUCAAGAAAACAGACCAGGUGUUUCAAACCUUAUUGAUAUACUCUCGUUAUCAACUGGUAAAACUAUUCAAGAAGUGUGUGAUGAAGCAUCUAAUAUGGAUACUGCGAGAUUCAAGGUUUUGGUAGCUGACGUACUCAUUGAAAAAUUGUCUCCUAUUCGCAAUCGUAUGCAAGAAUUAAUGGAUUCACCAGAGUAUUUAGAAAAAGUUCUGGAAACGGGAGCCAGUCAAGCUAAGGAAAUAGCUGAGAAAACAUGGUCAGAAGUCAGCCAAAAAAUAGGUUUUCAAAAUAAUUUAAUAUCAACCAGUUUUAAAGCUUCCAAUGUUGUCAAGAGUUAACUACAAUAUGAAUGCUUGGUGUUUUUGCAUUUAAUAAAGAAACAUUUUGUAACAAAUUUAUCCUGCUCCGGACUGUGAUGGAAAACUUUUACUAGAGCUGCCGAAUGGACUUCAAUAAUUUUAUAUAAGUGUCUCAGUAGGUUACAAAAUUUCACAAAUGCAGGAUUUAUUUUCUCUUAGAUAUGCUACGGUGAAGUGUAUAAGCCCUUGAAAAAUAGUUUUUAUAAUAGUAGGAGUGGCAUUACAUAAUAUCAUGUAAUGAGGUAAUGACAGAAAGAAAUGAGACUUAAUGUAUGUGGUAAAAUGUUCAGGCACCAAAUAUCUGAGAGAUGAAGUGAUCAAAUUUUGCUAAAUUUUUGUUCUAAUUUAGGAAACAAUUAAAAAAAAAACAAAUAUUUUAAGGAUGUCUGUUUGAGGCUAUAUUUGAUUAUGAUUAAAUUAGUAAUUCAAUAAAUAAAUAAUUAAAUCAAUUACUGCCUCUAGAAAUCAAACAAUGAAAACCAUUAUGAAAUAAUUGAAAAAUAUGUUUAAAUUAUACUUAAGUAGUUAUAAGUUAAACUCUUGCGAUAAUUACAUGAUAAUAGACAGCUACAUAACUAAAAAAAAUUAUUAAAAAUUGAGCCAAAAUGGUUGAUUAUUCUCUGAAACUUAUUAAUAUUAUUGAACAUCAUAAAAUUUUUCUCCUACUAUGUAUUAAUGUUCUAAACAAAUUGGCAUCAACCCUCUCCCCACGGGCGGAUCUUUGGGGAGGGCUUAUGUGCUGAACCUCCCACCAAAAUGGUAAAAUAUAACCCUGUCUUAUGAAAAAAAUAUUUAAUAAUUACCUUUAAAAGUAUUAUAGUUCGUAUAAUUACAUUCAAUAGUACUUAAAGAAUCACUUAAACUUUAUUUCAUAUAGGUAGUUAGUUCCUUUAUUUUUCUUCUUAAGUAACUAUCGUUACAUAUUUUUUAAAAAAAUCUUUCAGGCUGAAGUCCUCUCCCAAAAACUAAAUCCUGGAUCUGCUAGUGCCUCUCCCCCUACUGUCUUAAUAUAUUAAGAAAUAAAAGUUUAAUUUGUUCAUAUGAACAAUAUAGAUAAAAGAAAAUUAGUUUAAAAUAAAUAAUCAAGCAUUAGGUAUCCUACAAGUUGUUCCAUUCUUGUAAGGUUAAGUAUUAUAAUUAAAAACAGCUAGAACAACUGCGAGAAAAUAAUGGACAAAAAACCAACUGAAUUUUUUUCUUAAAUUAUUAUAAAACUUUAUAAUAUAUUUAUAAAACUUUAUAACAGACCUGUGCAAAAAUUAAUUUUAAUUAUUUUAAAAUUCAAAAUAUUUACACCGUUAUCACCAAGUAAUUAAAUUGUUUACAGUAAAAGUUUAAUAUCAAAAGUAUUCUGUAUUUUCAACUUAAAAUACUUCUAUAGUCAUAUUCUAUAAUAUAAGUCGUAACUUAAAGUAACCCAGUGAAUUUGGUAAUUUAUUUUACAUAUUUUGUUUUGUUUUUGGAAGAAAAUAUAGUUAUAAACUAUAUAUUAUAUUUCUUAAAAUGUAAAAUACACGUUUAUAUAUUUAAUUUGAAAUACUGCCCUAUCAUAUAUAUAAUAAUAGAUGAAGAUGUGAUUGCCUGUUCAUUGAGAUAUUUUAUGUCUGAAGGAGAGUUAGGAUGAUAAAAAUAUUGUGGAAAAAAUCUGUGAUUAUAACUUCAUUCUUAGAAAUAGAGACUGUUGAAGAACAAAAAUCUUGUACUUUUAUUAGUUUAUUAUUUUUUGUAUAUUUGUUAAUUUUAAAAAUUAUUUUUUAUUGAUUUCCUGUUAAUACAACUCUUUCAUUGUAUUUUUUACUAUUAUCGAGUACUUAAGUCGUGUAUUUAUUGUUGAUAGGCAUUGGAAAAGAAAAUGGUCUAGAGAUCAAAUUUAUUUUUAGAUUUCUGAUUUCAUUAAAGGGAGUGCUAUCAAAGAGUGUAAUUUUCGUCUGAUGUUUUGAGUAGUUUAAGUUGUUAAAUUAUGUAUUAAGUUUU